GCAUGAAUUGAAAGUGGGCGUCGUUUUCACUGCCUUAGACUCAAUCAGCAUUCUAUGAUGAAUUCAAGUUUGACUCGUUUCUCUCAAACAAUAGAUCCAUCGGAAAGUUAAAGCUUUCUAUGUGUUGAGAGUAGAAGAAACAAAGGAAAACACUUGGAAACAAAAAUAAGAGUAGAAGAAAUGGCAAAGUUAUUCAUAAAGCAAGCGGAGCAAUACGCGGCAGCCCGACCCAAUUACCCGAUCAAACUCUUCGAGUUCAUCGCGUCCAAAACACCGUGCCACGACCUUGCCUGGGACGUCGGUGCCGGAAGUGGCCAAGCCUCACGAUCGUUAGCAGGAAUCUACAAGAAGGUGAUUGCUACCGAUACGAGCUCCAAGCAACUCGAGUUUGCUGCAAAGCUUCCCAAUAUCCGUUACGAGGUAACUCCACCGGUGAUGUCUUCGUCGGAGAUCGAGCAGCUGGUGGCGGCGGAAUCAUCGGUCGAUUUAGUCACCGUCGCUCAAGCCCUCCACUGGUUUGAUCUCACGACUUUUUACAGCAACGUGAAACACGUGCUCAAGAAACCCGACGGAGUAAUCGCCGCCUGGUGCUACACUAAUCCGGUGGUUAACGCCGCCGUCGAUGAGGUUUUCCGGCGGUUUUACGAGGAGAGGCUUGGACCGUAUUGGGAUAAAGCGAGGCGGCUUGUGGAGGAUGGUUACAGGGGAAUUGAGUUUCCGUUCGAGAAGAUCAUGGAUGAUGAGUCAACGGAAAGUCAACGUUUUCCGGUUAGGUUUGUGGCGGAGAGAGAAAUGGGGGUUGAAGAUUACCUGACGUAUCUGAGGUCGUCUUCGGCGUAUCAGACGGCUAAGGAGAAAGGGUUGGAGCUUUUGACGGAGGAGAUGGAAGGAGAGUUUGCUGGUUCGUGGAAGAAAGACGGAGAAGAGAAGAAAGUUGUUAGGUUUCCGAUCUAUUUGUUGAUCGGUAGAGUCGGAGGAGAUCGUUUAUGAAGAUUGUGUCCUCUCGCUUUGAUGAAUUGUAAAACAGUGUUCCAAACACUUGUAGAAACUUGAUGUAUCUCUCUCUUACUUGAAUACUUAUUUUAAAAAUUAAUAAAAUAAGUGGGACCAUGAGUUAGGACAA